AUGGGCCUGGUCAGUAGCUGUCCGGAGGACAAAAUCGGAAGGGUUAUCGCCUGUCUGACCAGCCUGACCGGAGAGCAUGAGAACUCCAGCUCAGCCCUAUUAUCAGAAAUGGAUGUCCGAGAGAUGGAAAAGUACUGUCGUGGAGGUUCGACAGCCAUGUUGGACUGCAUUACUGUUCUAUUUGAUAACUGUACAAAGGCAGAGGACAGACAAAUCCUUGUCAGGUUCGCUGACCGUCAGAGGCUUAAUUCCACAUUUAUACGCUUCUGUGAAAAUUUUGAUGUAUAUAGUUCCAACAGCGGAUGCAUUUCCAGUCAGGAACAGAGUGUUCACUCUUGCAUUGAGGACUCCAAGAGACCAUGGGUACCCCUCGGACCUAUGCAUAGAUUUUGUAGACAUUUCAAGACUUGGCACGAGUGCAGAACUGGCCCAGUGACAAGAGCGUGCGGACGACAGACAGGUGAAGUCAUCGGCAUCUUUCUUCAAGGAAUUACGCCCCCUAUAUGUCAAGGCUACCUUCACAGAGACACCGAGUCCACCGCGCAUGUCAGCAGUGCAUGUUACAGUCAUCUGGUGGUCGGCGUCAUCCUGUCAUUCUUAUUUGUACACUCAUUAACAAAGAGAUGA